AUGGCGAGACCGCCGGUCUCGUCUGACAGGGUCGAGACCGCCGUCUCGUCCAACGAGACCGCCGUCUCGUUCUUCACAGAAAACGAGACCGGGGUCUGGGUGAACGAGACCGACGUCUCGUUCUUCGUAGGAAACGAGACCGGGGUCUGGGUGAACGAGACCGCCGUCUGGGUUUUCGUAGGCAACGAGACCGGGGUCUCGUUAGACGAGACGGCGGUCUCGCUUGCUACGCGAGACGAAACGGCGGUCUGGGUCAUCCAGAAGGCGGUCUCGUCCCUUCGAGGCGAGAAAACUUAUUUUUUGACCCGAAAAACCUUCCUAUCUUGGUACGGGAGCCUAAUAGUCUCUCCUAGUGGCUUGUUAGGCUUCAGCCGUCUUCAAAUAGGGGGUCUUCUGACUUUAUUUGGAGCCCGGGCAAGAUUUGGGGUCUACAGCUGCCCCCCCUUUACCCGUCCAGUCGACUGCUGGCCUUCUGUUGUCAGGAUGAUCGACUGGGGGGUAAAGGAGUUGACCCUCUUGCCCGGUUGCCUUUCGGAUGUCCCAUCUUGUGGCGGAUGA